AUGAAGGCUGUGUGUGCCACAGAACAGGUGGGCACAGAGGAGCAGGCAGUCAGUGACAGCAUGGCCAGAGAGGGCCUAGGGAAGGAUGCGGCCAGCACUGAGGCAGCAGUCCCUGCAGCGGGCAGCACGGGUCGUGCACAGCCUCGGGCCCCACUCAUCUGCUCCACGGUUGGCCUCAACCAGGAUACCUUCAAAAUUUGCAAGGAGUACUUGAGGCCCUUCAAGAGGUCACUCAGGAAGCUGCACUUGCCCCAGCACCUUUCCAGGAAAAAAAAAGUGAAGUACACGAAAGAAAGCGUGACCAUAAUUGGGGACCGCAUCGACUUGUUCCUCCAGCAGCACUGCAGAGCCUCAGAGGUCCGGCACUGGAAGAAGAUGCUGUGGAGGUUCACCUCCCUCUUCUCAGAUAAGGAUGAAAAGCAGCUGCAGAAGCUGUAUAAGUACAUCAAGAGAAACAAGAUGCAAAAGUUCCAGACCACCUGA